AGCGUAGAGGUUAGCCAUACCGAACUUCAUUGGGAAAACGCACGAUUUAAUAUCAUGACGGUUAAUGGGACACGAAUGGACCAUAUUAUUCCAGUGCCAUUACUAUGGAAAUGUGGCGCAUUUAAUGUAAAAACCAAUGCCGAAUUAAAGCUUGGCUGCUUUCGUUUGCCCUGGAUGUCAACUCACGAAUGUGUGUUUCUUCGAACAUUAGCCAAGGCAUGUUAUUUACUUUGUAUCGGGGUUUGGCGUACUAGCUCGAUGGCGCUCGUCGUUAGCUAUAGCUAGCUGUUAGCUACAACUACUGUGUGGAUUUAAGUACAUAGCUUUAAUUGUCAGUCAGUGCGCGUGUGGCAUAGAGAUCUUCCGGUUGAGACACCUGCUACCAAACGACCAUUGGCUGGACCGUAAUAGCGCAACCAGCAUCCUAGCAAGCGUCAAGGUCAAUGUUGGUUAGUUGAUUAUUUUUUUUUUUUAAAAAUACACAAGUAUUUCUCAGCACGUUUUAGUCAGUGUAGUGGCACUCAAUUUAUUUUAGUGUCUGUAAAAACAAAUGUGCUCAUAAGGCAGUAAUCGUCUUUCACAUCACAAUUGAUCAUAGUGACAGAUAAAAAAGAAAUAUUCAGGCUGCCAAACAACACAGUGUGUAUACAAUUAGUGUAUGGAUUGUAUCAUUUAAGACCCUGACCUGUGUCUGGAUACCAAUGACUGUGAUCCAUCUAAUGGGGGUUAAAAUGUUUGUUGAAUUGAUUCCACCUACAUUGCUUUUUGCACAAAAAGCUGGCACGCUGCCCGGCAUUUGUCUUCCAGGAGAAGAUGAGUCGCUCCUGGUUGAGCGCCGCUUCUUUCUGCUGCCAGGCGCGCAACUUCCACCCGAGAUGCACUUGCAGCACCUUCAGAAGUGCAGUACACCGCUCAAGAUUGAGAUGAGCAAUUGAGCCGCAAAAACAGAAUCAGGCACUAAUGAGGCCAGCUGCUCCUCCAGAUGUUACAGAUGUUCCACCUUUGACCUGUCAAAUCCUCAUUAAGCAAACAAGGUUAUGGUGAAGUUGAGGUCAUUGCUGAAUAAGUAUAGAUGUGUGUGAAUUCUGACUCUUCAUUGUCACAAGUCAUUAAUAUUUGUUCUGCACAUUCUCUCCCUCACGGUUGAUCUGCUUGCUUUACAUUGAGAAGGAAGGCAGGCAUUCUGCCCAGCCUGGAAGACCUGCUCUUCUAUACAAUAGCUGAAGGCCAGGAAAAGAUCCCAGCACACAAAUUCACUACGGCUCUCAAAGCAACGGGGCUUCGCACAGGUGACCCCCGGCUCAAAGAAUGUAUGGAGAUGCUGAAGGUCACUUUGAAAACCACCUCAGACGGAGCCCUGGACAGGCAUCUCUUCAAGAAAUGUGUGCAGAGCAACAUAGUCCUGCUCACUCAGGCCUUCAGAAAGAAGUUUGUCAUCCCAGACUUUCAGCCCUUUUGCAGCCAUAUGGACGACCUCUACGACAACGCCAAGAACCUGUCUGGAGGACAGGUGGCUGACUACAUUCCCCAGCUGGCCCGCUUCAGCCCAGACUUGUGGGCCGUAGCGCUGUGCACUGUGGACGGUCAGAGGCACACGGUUGGCGACACCAAGGUUCCCUUCUGUCUGCAGUCCUGUGUCAAGCCUUUGAAAUACGCCAUAGCCGUCCACGACCACGGGACCGAGUAUGUGCACCGAUUUAUCGGCAAAGAACCCAGCGGCCUGCGAUUCAACAAGCUCUUCUUGAAUGAGGACGAUAAACCACACAACCCCAUGGUGAAUGCCGGCGCCAUCGUGUGCACGUCCCUCAUUAAGCAAGGAGCGAGCAACGCUGAGAAGUUUGAUUACGUCAUGAACUUCAUGAACAAACUGGCCGGAAACGAGUAUGUUGGCUUCAGCAACGCCACGUUCCAGUCAGAGCGUGAGUCUGGAGACAGGAACUUUGCCAUCGGCUACUACCUGAAGGAGAAGAAGUGUUUUCCAGAGGGAACAGACAUGACCUCCAUCUUGGACUUCUACUUCCAGCUGUGCUCCAUCGAGGUGACCUGUGAGAGCGCCAGCGUCAUGGCCGCCACCCUUGCCAACGGCGGCUUCUGUCCAAUCACAGGAGAGCGGGUUCUGAGCCCGGAGGCGGUGCGGAACACUCUGAGCCUGAUGCACUCGUGUGGAAUGUACGACUUCUCCGGACAGUUUGCCUUCCACGUGGGUCUGCCAGCUAAAUCCGGCGUUGCCGGCGGGAUCCUGCUCGUCGUUCCAAACGUCAUGGGCAUCAUGUGUUGGUCUCCUCCUCUCGACAAGCUGGGCAACAGCGUCCGAGGCAUCCAAUUCUGCACGGACUUGGUUUCCCUCUUCAACUUUCACAACUACGAUAAUCUCAGACACUUUGCGAAGAAGCUGGAUCCUCGUCGAGAGGGAGGAGACCAGAGAGUGAAGUCUGUGAUUAAUCUGUUGUUUGCUGCCUACACUGGAGACGUGUCCGCCCUCAGAAGGUUUGCGUUGUCCUCUAUGGACAUGGAGCAGAGGGACUACGACUCAAGGACGGCUCUGCACGUGGCAGCAGCUGAAGGCCAUGCUGAAGUGGUUCGCUUCCUGCUCGAGGCCUGCAAAGUCAACCCGGUCCCCAGAGACAGAUGGGGCAACACACCAAUGGACGAGGCGGUCCACUUCGGCCACCACGACGUGGUGACCAUCCUGCGCGAUUACCACAACCUGUACAGUCCCCAGGAGAGCCCGGCGACAAAGGAGAACGCAGAGAAGAACCUGGACGGCAUGCUGUAAAGGAGGGACCAGAGGUCUUACCAAAAUGUCGUUAGCUGGUGUCGUGCUGCAUUCCUCCGUGUACUCUUUCUAGUUUUGCUUCAAAGUUUUACUGUCAGUUGUUGUUUCUUUGAUCAGCUUUACUUUUGUAACAACGUGAAGGACGCUACCUGCCGAAUAGCUGAAUGCUGGCUUCAUUUAGCGGCAGCUGGUUUUGGUUUUACUCUGAAAAGAAAGUGGAAGUGUAUCAGAUAAAACCGUCCUCCUUUUCACGCCAUCUGGUGGAAUGUAACCUCCCCCAACACUUGGCAACUUAUGUGUUUGUAUUUAUUUCAGAGACAAGUCAGUGUUUGUGUGUGUAUAAAUAGGUAUAUUGUUGCUUUCCAUGGGAAACAUGAUGUAAGUCUGUACAGUAUUUCAACUGUAUGAUUGUUAACGCUGUGAAAUAUUUAUCACAACUGUACUUA